AAUGGGAGACCCUUGACGUCUCAACCCUUGAGUUGGAAAUGACUUCUAAUAAUGCAAGGCUACGGCGGGAGAGAGGAUCUCGACUGAUAUUGUGGCACUAAGUUAGCGAAGUUGAGUCUUUCAUCACUCAGUUGAUACAAAAACCAAUGGAGGAACAUUGGACACCUCAAUGAAGGAUAUAUUUUUGAAAGCGUUGCGGGAAAAAAGAGGGGGAUAGCCACUGAUCCACAGCCUGGGAGAAGACCCACUACCUGUGGGGGGUUAUAUACAGAGAGGAGAGCCCUCAGCUGAUCUACUACUAUAGAGCACCAACUAACCAACCAACACUUGGGUGUCCCUCCUCUCCUGGAAUCCCAACAUCUGCUGAGUCAUCAGUAGUGAGUCAGGGUGUCAUGGCCACCGGGCCCAGGACACGCAGAGAUCACCCCUCAUAGUACUUCCCCCAGCCAGCCACCUGCAGCACACACACACACACACACACACACACACACACACACACACACACACACACACACACAUACACACAGGAGGAAGCACAGGGGUGGCAAUGAUGACCACAUCACAUAUGAACGGUCAUGUGACUGAGUCAGACGGUGGAGGAAGUGGAGGAGGCGAGUCGAACCAGGAGGAGCCCCAGCAGUGGCACAGGGAGAUGGCAGUGGACUGCCCAGGGGACCUGGGUGCUCGUACCCUGCCUGUGCGGCGCUCUGCCCAGCUGGAGAGGAUCCGUCAGCACCAAGAGGACUUGAGGAGGAGGAGGAGGGAGGAGGAGGGCAGGAACAGACAGGAGCUAGAUCUUAAUGCUUCCAUACGGCUCAAGAAGCUAUCUCAGAACCCCAAGGUGGGCAUCGAUAACCCCACCUUCGACCCCAUUGAAGGCCCCGUAGGGCCCAUGGGACUUCCGCCCAACCUGGGGGCCCCUACUCUACUGGAGUUGGAGGAGCUGCUGAUGUCCCUAAAGCAGGUGCAGCACUGCCUGUCUGACACCCAGAGCCAGGAGGACGUGGAGCUGGUGCUGCAGCUGGUCCAGAAGACUGACUUCCAGAAGGCUUUCAACAUCCACAACGCUGUGGCCCAGCACAUGAACAGGCCCAGCCCGCCCUUCCCACACACAGACCGCGCUCAGGGCCUGGCACAAGAGGUCCAGUCUAUGGUUCAUAACAGCCAACACAAGGAGGGCUUGGAGCUCAACACCCUGCUCUCUUCCCCACAUGUCCAGGCGGUGCUUCUGGCCCAUGACUGUGUUGCAGAGCAGGAGAUGCAGCUGGAGCCCCUGACCCCAGAUGACCACUGUGAAACUCUCACCCAGUGGGGAGGGGAGACCGUCAAGAUAGUCUGCAUCGAGAAGGCCAGGGACAUCCCACUGGGCGCGACGGUGCGUAACGACAUGGACAGCGUGAUAAUAAGCCGCAUCGUGAAGGGUGGGGCGGCGGAGCGCAGCGGGCUGCUCCAUGAAGGAGACGAGGUUCUGGAGAUCAACGGAGUGGAGAUCCGAGGGAAGGACGUCAACGAGGUCUUCGACAUCCUGGCCGACAUGCACGGCAACCUGACCUUCAUCCUCAUCCCCAGCCCACAGACCAAACCCCCGCCCAUCAAGGAGACUGUGGUCCAUGUGAAGGCUCACUUUGACUACGACCCGUCUGAUGACCCGUACGUGCCGUGCAGGGAGCUGGGCCUGUGCUUCCAGAAAGGAGACAUCCUCCACAUCAUCAGCCAGGAUGACCCCAACUGGUGGCAGGCCUACAGGGACGGAGACGAGGACAACCAGCCCCUGGCCGGGCUAGUACCAGGCAAGAGCUUCCAGCAGCAGAGGGAGGCCAUGAAGCAGACCAUAGAAGAGGAUAAAGAGCCUGAGAAGUCAGGAAAGCUGUGGUGUGCUAAGAAGAACAAGAAGAAGAGGAAGAAGCUCCUUUACAACUCCAAGCAGAACGACGACUAUGACAACGAGGAGAUCCUGACCUAUGAGGAGAUGGCGCUCUACCACCAGCCAGCCAAUCGCAAGCGGCCCAUUGCUCUGAUUGGUCCUCCCAACUGUGGGCAGAAUGAGCUGAGACAGAGACUGCUGUCCAGCGAGCCAGACAGAUUUGGGGGAGCUGUCCCACACACGACACGGAACAGGCGUGAUGUGGAGGUGAGUGGGAGGGACUACCACUUCGUCUCUCGCCAGGCCUUUGACAUGGAUGCCACCGCGGGGAAGUUCAUCGAGUCGGGAGAGUUUGAGAAGAACCUGUACGGAACCAGUACCGACUCUGUCCGUCAACUCAUCAACACGGGCAAGAUCUGUCUGCUCUGUCUGCACACACAGUCACUGAAGAUUCUGCGUAACUCUGAUCUGAAGCCUUACAUAAUCUUCAUCGCUCCUCCCUCCCAAGAACGGUUGCGAGCCCUCCUGGCCAAGGAGAGCAAGAACCCAAAGCCGGAGGAGCUGCGAGACAUCAUCGAGAAGGCCCGUGAGAUGGAGCAGAACUUUGGCCACCUGUUUGAUGCAGCCAUUGUGAACACAGACCAGGACAAGGCAUAUCAGGAGCUGCUGAGGCUCAUAAACAAACUGGACACUGAGCCACAGUGGGUCCCCUCCUCCUGGCUACGUUGAAGGAGCAAUAUAACACAGACACAACACUAACCUGACACAGCACUCACUGGUUCAAUGAAGAGCUAGAGCUACCCUGGAUCAUGGACAAUAGUUACCCGGGGGGGAAGACCAUUAUUAGCUGAAAAUUAGCCUUGACUCCUUCUCCAACCAGAAUCACAGUAUGAGACUAGUGGAAGAUCCUCAAUCAACACUCAAGCUGAAGAUUAAAUAAAACACUUAAUGCUUAUCACUACAUGUGAUACUGAACUGAGUCGAGCUCUUCCCUUCUGAGACUGCCUGGGAAAAUGAAUUAUUGUCUUAUUAUUGCUCUGAUUAUUUGUCCUUUUUUCGUUGCUGGAUUUCUCUUCACUAAAUUAACUUUUCACAUUCCAGAGAAGUAUGUAAAGACUUGGCACUUGGUGGCAGAAAUAGAAUUAGUGCUUCUAUUCUGCUUUUGAUAACUAUUUAUAAUUGUAAAUAUAUUCUAUUUUUAAGAAGCUUUCGAUAAUAAGAACCCAUAGCUUCUAUCUAUGGCAGGGAUGGGCAACUUUGAUAGGGGUUGGGGGCCACAAAAAAUCUUAACUCAUCACGAGGGGCUGCAGUGGCUUGCGGGUCUGCGUACCCACAUCCAUACCCAGACAUGCAGUCAGAGCUUGCCUUAGCCUUUUGGGGGCCCCCCUACUUUGCGAGCAAAAAAAAUGUUUUUGGGAGAAGGGGGCAGUGAAUGACUCCUACACAAAACUAUAGACACACACACUGGUUGUUGUACCCUUGCUGUUUCCUUGACCCCGUGUGUGAGGUCAGGUGUGUGUUUGUUCAGUAAUGUAUCAUCACGGAUGUGAUUUGCUCACCUAAUGAAACCAUCUCUGAGGUGAUAACAUCCUGAUCAGUUAUUUACUAUAUAGGGAAUAGGGUGCCAUUGGGAUGCAGUCAUGAUCUCUGCAUCUGGCCUUUAUCCUCUAAACUAUAGCAGCCCUGCUUUCAAAUAUUUGGAUCAUUGAAAAUACUUAAGCUGUGCUUGAUUGAACUGUCCUGGCACAAAGGAACCAAUAGAAUUAUUCCAGAACGGUAAUCCCUAACUGGCACUCCAGGUCGGCAAAAAGCAAAACCUUAAAGUAUUUUAAAGAUUUCAAAUGCUAUUUGAACUCUGGUCUGCACUACAGCACAGUAUGAUGCUGGAGGUUCAUCUGAAUGGUGUUUUCACAUUAAUUAGACAAUCUGAUCUGAGAGAUGGUGAAGAGCCACUUUCUCCUACUUACCUUAUACUCUUUUCACACUAUCAUGCCAACCAAAACUGGACUGUGCUGGCUCUGAUAUUUUCACAUUUUCCUUUCCAGUAACUAUGGUGGAUCGUAACCAGGCCAGUGCAGUGCAGCUUGGCUCAGUAGUGUGAAAAGGGUACUGGAGGAUAAACCAGUCAUAACACUACACCCCUUACCUCUACCCAAGCACUACGAGUCAUCGCUAAAUAGAAAACGGGUCUGUCCCGAAUCACAGGAUUUAAACCAACAGUGAUGAUAUUGAAGAAAGAUUAUUAGAGGUGUUUUGAAGUUAUGACACUAAAAUCUUGAGGGGUAACUUUAUCUAUGUCUUCAUUUUCUCGAUCUCAGUAUUCAUCAUGCACACUUCCUGUGCUAAUCUUUAGGAUUGUGACCAUAGAAAUUGAAUUAUAUUUCUAUAAGUGUAACCAGCAGUAUUCUAUUCAUGGAAAACACUAAGGAACAUCUGAGCACCGCUGUCUGUGGAAUUCUCUUAAUCAAUACUUCAUAAAUGCUUUGUUUGAAAUCGAUGCAUUUUAUAAUUCACUUAAAUGCAUUAUAAACUAUCCAACUAUGCUGUAUUUUAAUCCAGUAGUUUUCACCACAUGUGACAUCUUAAAUGUGUGAUUUUUAUUAUUUGUCAAUGAUUUUUCAAAGCUGUUAUUGAAAUGUUUGUUCUACUUUUUGAUAUGGGUCUGUGAAAUUAACUCGACCGAACCGAAAAAUAGUUGUAUGUUUUUGCAUCUGGUGUUUCCAUGAUCAUAGGUUUCAGCUCACCCUUGAUUAUAAUAUGCUGACUUUAUGUGAUUGUCUUCAUGCGUGUGUGUGUGUAUGCACAGAGACAGGACUGUCACUGUAAUGCAGGCAAGUAUUAUCUCUAGUAGACACAAUGGGAAAUGGUCUCAGCAAAACUGUUUCACAUAUUUUUAUUUUUGGUUAUUGAUGAUAAUCAUGGUGUAUCUAGAUACUUUUGAUAUAUUGGUAAUGUUAAAGAUAGAUUUAAGUACAGAGUAAUGCACCUGUAGAAUGAUGACUCGACCACCUAUCCAUCCCUCUGUUUUUGGAUCUGAAACUCCAGGAACCGCUCAGUGCUAGCCUGAUCCCAGAUCAGUUUUUUUUUACUCAGCUCCUCUGACGAUUUGUCAUGUUUGCCAUAGAAGUUGGCUACAUAGGGCCGUAUUUAGUUUCUCAGAGUAGAAGUGCUGAUUUAGGAUCAGGUCAUCCCUAUUCAUUGUUAUUAUUAUCAAAAAGGGAAAAAUUAUCUUAGAUCAGCACUCCUAUUCUGAGACUGAGAAUGGUGGCCAUUGAGAUCUGGGACCAGUCUAGUUCAGAAUGUCUAUCCCUUUUUAGUAUGCACAGUACACACCUUGUGUAGAUUUGAGCCGUUAACUGGAAGUAGAACUAAUCGAUGUAAAGUUACUGUAUUAUUAAAAAUCACUUUCUUUA